AUGGACUCCAACAAGAAGUUUUCUUCUAGCUUGCUGAAGUCGGAGGUUGACAUUCGGCGACUGCUCACUAACUCGCUCAUUUGGCGCCAAAUAAGUACUAUGUCGAGCAAUAUCAUCUUCGAGCUUGUUACGGUCGCAAAAUUUGUGACGAAGUCAAAGAAGGAGGCUCAAAAAGUUAUUGAAAGUUUUCAACAUAGCUCCCAGAGUAAGCAUGCUUUGCUCUUACAGAAGGACAAUGGGCUUGCUACAUUUAUCGCAGAAACUAUGGACGGUGAAGCAAAAAUAACUGAAGUUGUGUUGAAGUCCGUGGACCAGUAA